UUGACAGACUCCACCAAAAGAAACUGAAAAUAAGUCUUGCGUGUAACACGCUUUGCUGUCUUUUUGAAUUUUCUGAAAUUGGACAAAUUUCCCACACGAAAUUAUCGUUUGUGUGUGAAAAAAUGGAGCCCAUGACGGCCUAUCAGUUGAGGCCUAAGACUGUCGCAAAACACUGUAACGAACACGACUGUUGGGUAAUUGUCAAUGGAAAAGUUUAUGACGUAACUUUGUUUUUGGACAAACAUCCUGGUGGUAAGGACAUUUUAUUGAGCUACGCAGGAAAAGAUGCCACUGCUGCACUAGAGGGUGCUGGAGGUCACGAGCAUAGCAAGUAUGCUUUCAAAUUGCUAGAAGAAUAUUAUUUAGGAAGGGUUGUGAGCCAAGAAGAAAAUCUAAUUGACCAGGAAAAAAGACUAGCUGAAGCUGACACCAAGGAAUCCGUUUCAAAACUGGCACUUAAUGUUGACAACCUUGUUGACUUUCAGAAGCCUCUGUUGCCUCAAGUAGGCAUGCUUGGGGAGUUAUACGAUGUUUGGGUACAUUCUUUUCCAACGACCGACCAUACGGUUGCACUUUUUCCGAAUCCUUUGCUUGAAAAAUUGACACGCUGCAAGUGGUAUGUUCCUCUUGUAUUCUGGAUACCCAUUAUAUGUUAUUAUUUAUGGUAUCUUAUUUCUCGUGGUGAUUGCAGUUUGGAAGCUUUUGGCUUUUUCUCGGUUUUGGGCUAUUUCUCAUGGCUUUUAUUUGAAUAUGUUUUGCAUCGAUAUGUUUUUCAUAUGAAGACCACGUCAUAUUAUGCAAACAUUUUUCAUUUUUUGUUACAUGGUCACCAUCACAUCACUCCGUUAGAUUCCGAGAGAGUCGUAUUCCCACCUGCGCCUGCAGUUCUGAUUGCAUCACCAUUCUGGUUGGGAAUGCCUAAACUCCUAGGCAUAGUUAAGGGAUAUUCUUGGCUCUUUGGUUUUGCUGUUGGAUAUCUUUGUUAUGAUAUGACACAUUUUUGGAUCCAUCAAGGUGCCCCAAAGUUGUCCUUUCUCAAGUCUCAGAAGAGGCGUCACGUCAUUCAUCAUUAUCGUGAGCCUCAGAUGAACUUUGGUAUUUCCAAUCCUUUCUACGAUAUCGUUUUCGGAACGCUUGUUAAAGAAGGCAAAACAAGUCCGGUGAACUGUACCGACUGAUUGAAGUUUAUCGUUUCAUUGGAGGCCGUACUUAUCUGGAUUUGUAUAUCAUCGUGAAUAUAUUACGGAGUCAUUAGAAAUCGUAUACUGCGCAUUCUCUGUACAGUUUAGCCGUAUGAUUGUAAUGAUCUCGCCAUUUUGUUAUGGCAGUGAUUUGGUUAGCAUCAUUUUCUAUUGUUUGUGCUUUUGUGUAUUUUGAUUAGUAAAACUCUAUCUUUGUAGCAUGGGUUGAAUUAGUUUACG